AUGGCUGCCACCUGUGAUGCGGAGAAGAUCAAUUUCAAAACUUUUUCCAACGUCAUCAAUGGCCAAGUUAGAUCGACUGUGGCUACACGACAUGGAGUAAAUCCUUCUACUUUGGAGGCCUUGUUUCCCUCCCCGGUGUCAACCUCUGCAGACGUCGAAGACGCUGUGAAAGCAGCGCGUAUUUCAUUCCAAAGUUGGAGAAACACGUCGGUCGAGCUUCGUAAAGAAAAGAUCAGACAAUUGGCAGUCGCACUUCUAGCGCACAAGGAAGAAUUUGCGCGACUACUGACUACAGAGCAAGGAAAACCAACACAGUUUGCCGAACAUGAGAUUCUGUUGGCAUCGCAAUGGCUUACUGGGACCUGCGACCUGGAAAUUCCAUUGGAUGUGGUAGAAGAUAGCCCGGAACGACGAGUCUUCACUCGAUAUGUACCCCUGGGAGUCGUCGUUGGGAUUGUCCCAUGGAACUUCCCUAUCAUGCUUCUGUGCGGAAAGCUAGCUCCAGCACUGAUGACUGGCAAUUGUAUCAUUAUCAAACCCUCCCCCUUCACACCAUACUGUGGUAUGAAGAUUGUCGAGCUUGCUCAACACUUCUUCCCACCAGGUGUUGUACAAGUCCUGAAUGGAGGCGAUGAUCUUGGCCCUAUGUUGACGGCGCAUCCAGGGAUCGACAAGAUCAGCUUCACAGGUUCAACAGCAACAGGGAAGAAGGUCAUGGAGAGCGCAAGUAAGAACCUGACUAGAGUCACUCUAGAGCUGGGAGGCAACGAUGCCGCAAUUGUAUGUUCGGAUGCACAUGUGGAGUCUGCUGCGCCUCAGAUUGCUACUGCUGCGUUUAUGAACUCGGGUCAGAUAUGUAUUGCGGUCAAACGUAUCUACGUACACCAAGACAUUUAUGACGAUUUCAAGGAUCGCUUCAUGGCGCAUCUGUCGCAGUUCGCGGUCGGUGACGGAUUGGCAGAUGGAACCUUUAUCGGUCCUAUUCAGAACGAAUCUCAGUAUGGACGCAUUCAAGAGUUCCUGGCUGAUGUUGAGAAGAAUGACUACCCAGUUUUGAAGGGUGCGACUGUCCCAAAGGAUCAAAGUCAGGGCUACUUCGUCCAGCCCACAGUGGUGGAUAACCCACCAGACACUAGCAUGAUUGUCACUGAGGAACAAUUUGGGCCGUUAGUGCCUCUAAUAAAGUGGUCUGGGGUGGAGGAAGUACUAUCCCGUGUCAACGCGAGUGUUAUGGGCUUGGGAGCCUCUGUCUGGACUGCAGAUGAUGAUGUUGGAAUGCGAAUCGCAAAAGGUCUGGAUGUUGGCAGUGUUUGGUUUAACGAACACUUAUCAAUACAGCCUACAGCUACGUUUGGGGGUCAUAAGAAGAGUGGUGUUGGUCGCGAGUGGGGAGUCGACGGGUUGAGAGGGUACUGUAAUUCUCAGACGCUUUUUGUAAAACGGACUAAGUAG